AUGGCGUUUAGUUUCAGGAAAGGCCGGAAGGGCCCCUUCAAACAUAUAGCCCGUGGCCUCGUCCCUGCUGCUACCAUAGCUCCUAAACCUGCAGUUCCCCGCACCCCUCCCCCUCGUAGUCCAAACCCUUCUCCAGAAAGGCCCAGAUCUGCUCUAGCAGCAGCUGUUUUUGCAGCAGCACUAACAGGGCGCACUGUUGCUAUUCCUCAGCCUCGGCAGCGAUCACUUUCAGAAGGUGAUUCCACCUAUGUGGAGCAAGAAUGUUUUGAACCAUAUGCAACAGUCCCAGAGCUCAGGAUGGGCACUGACUGGAAACUUGAUGGUAGUGACAGAUCCUCUCUGCAGUCUCCAGAAAUCUCAGGUGAUGAUGGUGAGGAUGAGGACAUGGAUACCUAUGUUUCAGACACUAAUAAACAGGCAGAAUCCAGCUGUCAGAGUGAUAAGAAAAGGGGAGAAAGCUGUAGCACCAAUGCUAUUUAUGCUGUUCCCUGCAAAAAUAAAAAGGAAGAGUUUCCACCAUCUCCUAGUACUAAUGCUGAAGAGAAAGAAGUGUCUUCUCAUGAAACUGAGGUUCAGGUGCUGCUGGGUGAGUCAGACAACCAAUUAGAAGAGGACCAACAUCUUGGCUUGAAUUUAAAGGAAGAGAAACCAUUAGCUGAGAAUCUGACUCUCAAGAAACCUCCACCCUCCCCAGACCUGUCUGCUCGGGCAAGGCAAGCACGGGAAAACCUGACUAGAGAAAAGCUCAGAGAACUGCAACAAGAAAACUGGUGUCUGAACAAGGCAUACCAGGCUAUGGUCCAACAAUCUGAGGGAACAAAACAUCAAAUGGAAGAACAGCAAUUAAAGAUGAAGAGACUAGAAAAAGAAAACAGAAGACUUAAAGAAGAUGCAGAGAAGUCACAUAGAGAAGAGGAGGCUACAGAAUUGCUUUCUCUCAGACAGCAAGCACAAGAACUGGUAGAUGAAAACGAUGCUUUGAAAAGGACAGUCCAUCGCUUAAAUGUGGAAUUAAGUCGAUAUCAAACUAAAUUCAGGCCAUUGUCCCAAGAAGAGCAUCUAAAACGGAAAAGCUUACCCAUGAAAGGGCCACCACCACCAUGGCUGUUGGAUAUGAAGUAUUUGUCACCUCUUCUGUUGGCAUAUGAAGAUAGAAUAAAAGAAAAGGAAGAUUUAAAUCUUGAACAUGAGGAGGAAAUGAAGAAUUUUAGAGUACGAGUUGAAGAGCUGGUAAAGGAGAAUGAAGACCUGCAUGAGCAAUUAAAUAAAGUUAACUGUAUUACUCCUACAGAACGGCAACAGCUGCAAACUCAUGCCAAACUGGUCUUGGAAGAAAAUGGGCUGUUGAGGGAGCAACUCAAAAUUCAACAAGCUAAAGCAAAAGACAGUCACAGACAACACAUGCAAGAAGCUUCAAAAUUGAUGAAACAGAUAAUAAUCUUAGAAGAAAAGAAACAGAGUCAAGAAGAAGAGAUAGCAGGGUACCAGAAGCAGUUGGAAGCUUUGCGUUCUACUUGUGAAGAGUUGAAAGCCAAACUGGAGAGCAGAAUAGCAGCUGAGGAGCAUUUUGCUUUAGUGAAUGAUCUCAAAAGCCACUUACAGCAGGAGCAGGAGAAAAAGUACUGUGAGGUGGAAGAUCUGAUGGGAAAAAUGGCAUCAUUGCAAGCUCAGAACAAGAAACUGCUUUUGGAGAAAAACAACUUCAUGGCUGACAAGGAGAUCCUGGAAGCCAAGAUGGAAGCGACACAAAAGACGAACAGGCGAUUAAAGAAGAAAAUAGGUCUUUUGAAACUGCAGUUGGAGGAAGCAAUGGAAAAAGAAGUUACAGCCCAUCACUAUCUGACAAACCUUAUUGGUUUGGUGGAGAAGAUAGGUCAGGAACGUGAUCAUCUUAUUCUGUUGGCCAGGUGCUUGGAGAAUGAGAAUCAAGGUGUUCUCAACAAAAUAGUGGAAGGCAGUCUACGCUUAGGAAGACUGGAAGAAAAAGUGAAGGUAUAUAAAAAGAAAGCAGCUGGGAAGCUUGGAGAUAUCAGUCUCAAAAUGACUGAGCAGGAGCAGGAGUUUGCAGGGAAGGCUGCUCAGUACCAGCAAGAGCUGAAGCACCUCCAGCGUCUGCUGCAGGACAAGCAGGAAAGCCUUGAUGAAGUGCUGCAGCAGAAAAGGAAAGUUGAAGGGGAACUUGAAAUCAUUUGGGAAUCCACAUCCAAAGAGAACCGGAGAAUGAGAGAACUCCUGCAUAAAUCCCUGGGGAAGAGCCACAGGAGGAACACGGGCACAGGUCAUGAGCCAUGCUUAGAUGAAGUCUCCCAGAAGGACCUGGUUUAUGGACAUGAUUUCAGCUAUUGUGAUGUGAAACCUCCAUCCCCUACUGAAAACAAAAUUCCUCAGGAAUCUCUGUGA